UAUGGGUAUACCUUUAUUGGCAAGGGCACCGUGCCGGCAUUUAUCGAGGAUCUCGAACACGAAGUAAAGGUCUAUCAGGCCCUCCAGCCGCUGCAGGGUAAAGCCACACCUGUCUUUUUCGGGGCAAUCGACCUACGUUCGAUAUCACGCACUUAUUACUACGACUUCCGAGUCCGAGUUCAAUACAUGAUGUUUCUAUCCUGGGGUGGUGAUAGCUUGGACUCGGUGCGCACUGCGGGCGACGAUGGAGAUCUAAGGCGACAAUUGAUUCAUGCCAUCCGUGGCUUGCACACUUGUGGGGUCGCGCACAAGGAUCUCCGGUCUCCGAAUGUGCUGAUAAACCGAGAGACUGGACAGAUUAGGAUAUGCGAUUUCGAAAGGGCUGUUUUGAUGGAACGUCCUCGGCUCCCUCUU